UGUUGCUUUGCAGGCCUGUCAAACCAGGGACAGAGCCAGGAACUCAACAGGUUCUUCACAUGGAGGAUCGAUAGUUUCUCCUCACUUCUUGAUAAGGGUGAAGGAUGGACCAACUCCAGUGUGUUUCAGAUCAGGGGGCUUAACUGGUACCUGAUGCUGAACCCAAGGGACAGAAAGAGUGGCGACAAAAAUGAAUAUGUUUCUCUUAAGCUUGUGCUGGCUCAAACAGUAUCUGAGAGAUCCCAUUUGAUCGCGGAGGCAACUUUCAAGUUCCUGAUAUAUGACCAGUCAUAUGGAAAGCACCAUGAAGAGCAUCAAGUGAGCCACAAUUUUCAGGCUGCAAGAGACUCUGGGAUCUCAUGCAUGAUCCCCCUCGCGACGCUUAAGGAGCAGUCCUCUGGAUUCCUUGUCAAAGACAGCUGUGUUUUCGGUAUCGAGUUCAUCAAAGUUGUCGCUGUUGAAAGUAACGGCAUGUCAGAGACGCUGUUUGUUCAGAAGACUAGCAACAUCUGCAGUGACCCGCAAGUCUACACCUGGAACAUUGGUGAUUUCUUUGUGUUGAAGAACCCGAGCACCUCCCCAGAGUUUGAGCUCUGUGGACACAAAUGGUCCAUCGCUCUCUAUCCAUCUGGUUCCGAUAAGAAUGGGAACUACCUCUCCCUGUACCUGAGCACGAAGGUGCCGGAUACAUUCCAUAAGGACUCGGCGAUCCUGGCAGACGUUAGCAUAAGCAUCAAAGACCAGGAAACUGGCAAGCACAUGAAAUUAUCAGGCAGGUUGCAGUUCAACAAUCGCGCCUCGACAUGGGGAUGGGAGAAGUUCAUGCUGGAAGACUUCAAGGACUCCUCAAAAGGUUAUCUCGUGAAGACAAAGUGCUGCAUUGAAGCUCAGAUUGCAGUCAUUGGUUCCUCCAAGACGGAGUAGCUAGAUUAUUCGGCCUCCAUGAUAAUGUCAUGUCUCGUGCGUGUGUUCUAUACUUGCUUGAACUGUGUUUCUGCAUCCCUACAAGAAAUCUAAAACUAAUGGCAUCGACAUGUAUGACGAUGUGUCUUAAUGUGGGAGAAGCUUUAUCUAGAUAGAAAUCAACGCGUAGUGGGAGAGACUACUUACAUAAAAA